ACAAGACCCAACCAAGUUGCCCAGAGGGAGCAAGCAGAGCGGCACAGUCUCACUUUGCAGCCCCGGUGUCGUCUUACGUGCGUGACCGCCUCGUGAAGCCUGAAGUCAGGGACCGACGCGCCGCGAUGGACCGAUCUGCUACAGUGGAGCACUAUAAGGCGGCCAUGUUGCUGAGUGGUGCUGGUGAUGCUCUUGGGUAUAGGAACCAGCUGUGGGAGUACAAUGAGUCUGGACCAGCCAUUCACCAGGAGCUGAAGGAGCUUGGUGGCCUGAAGAGCAUCAAGGCAGAGCUCCCCGACUGGCCGGUGAGUGACGACACAGUUCUGCAUCUGGCCACGGCUGAAGGACUGGCGACUGGAAAGAUGGGGGAGGAGCUCCUGCACGAGGUGGCUGCUCGAUAUGUGAAGGGGAUGAAAGACAUGGACGGGAGGAAACCGGGGCCUUCAAGCAUUCUGGGCGUUUCCCUGUUGAAGCCAGGGGAGGAAGAGGGCUUCAGAGUUCCCUAUAACUCAGAGGGGACGGGUUGUGGAGCAGCCAUGAGGUCCAUGUGCAUUGGCCUCAGGUAUCCGAAGCCUGACCAGCUGUUGUCAUUGGUGGCGGUUGCCGUGGAGACAGGAAGGAUGACCCAUCCUCACCCCACUGGAUUUCUGGGAGCCGUCGCGGCAGCCCUCUUCACCUCUUACGCCGUGCAGCGCAGGCCAAUCACCACUUGGGGUCUAAGCCUGGUCAACGAGGCCUGUCCAAUAGCAAAGACCUUUGUUCGGGGCCGAGGCUUUGCCGUAGAGGAGGCGGAGAGAGACUGGGGCUACUUCUGUGACAAGUGGCAGUGGUACCUAGACUUGAGGGGCAUCUCCAAUGGGGUCGGCCCCGUGAUCUGGCCCUCCUCCUACGACCCAGCUGGGAGAGACUCGGCCUAUAAGACAUUCAGCCUGUCGGGCUGGGCGGGACGCAGCGGCCACGAUGCUCCAAUGAUAGCCCUCGACGCCCUGCUAGGCGCGGGUUCAGACUGGGAGGAGCUGAUGAGCAGAGCAGGUUUCCAUGGAGGUGACAGUGACAGCACAGCGGUGAUUGCCUGCUGCUGCUGGGGUCUCCUCUAUGGCAGACAGGGGGUCCCUGAAGGCAACUACUCCAACCUGGAGUACAGGGAGCGGCUGGAGCGAAGCGCCGAGCAGCUCUACGCCCUGUCACACUGAGGUCACCGCAGCCUGUCUCCCAACUGCUUGCCCUGAGGGGGGAAAAUGGGCCACACUUUGACACAUUGACGUAGGGAAUAGCUGUCGUGCUCAGUAAUGCAUCGAUCCAGUGAUGUCACUGAGCCACAAAGUGUGGUGUCAUACUUGCCUGAAGGGGAAGUUAGUGUCCCACUGACCUUAAGUCAUUUCAUUUCUGCCACAAAGGCCAGUGCGCCUCAUGUCCCUGGCACCGAGGUUGGUGUAUAAAGAGUGGUCCCCCUGGUGACUGUAUUAAAUGAACGUGCAGGCUUGUACCACUAAGCGGAACGAAUCCAAGCUAAUGAGAAUGUGAAGAGAAUACAAAAGUCCCCCAGGAGGUAAUUACAUUGUUCUGUCAGCUUGACAUAAUAGCAAAUGCUUAGUGAGCUUCAAAUUAAGUGUGCUUUUGUUAUCGCCCAAUGAAAAAUAUAUUUCUAUGUCUCAUUAUAGUUGUUAACUGGUACUUCAUGCGGUGAAGAGCACGACUGUAACUGCAGCACUGCAGACAUGCACAGUAAUUGAGGAAAUAAAUUCAACAAACAAA